AUGCAGAACUUCUUCGGAAAUUGUUUGCUUAAUUGUGGUCCUGCUGAAUCAGGCUUUGAGUCCAUUAACUCGCAGCAGCAAUUUGAAAAUUUUACCGAUUUGUGGCUGGCAAAUUAUACUCCGAGGAUUGGUUUUCGAGGUGGGUUAGUGAAGCAAAUUGAUAGAGAUGAAGCGAUAGCAUUGGAGGUAAUGCUAUCUGCGAAUGAAAUUAGGGAGGCAGUGUGGAACUACGAAUCUUCUAAAACCCCAAGUAAUGAUAGGUACAAUAUGAACUUCAUCAAACAGUGCUGGGAUGAGAUUGGUCAGGAGUUCACUAUAGUUGUGAUGGGAAAACUACCAGCUGAUGCGAAUGUCACGUGGGUGACGCUAGCCCCGAAAUAUGUGGGUGCUAAGGAGAUCAAGGACUUUCGGCCGAUCAGUAUGGUUGGGUGUGUCUAUAAGGUGAUAUCAAAGAGUCAGGUGGAGUUUUAUGGAUUUUAUGUUACAGAAGAUGGGCUUCGACGAAGAUGGAGGGAUUGGAUGACGGAAUGUGUCAGUACGGCCACUAUGUCAGUUCUGGUUAAUAGGUCACCUUCCAAGCCGUUCAAAAUGGAGCGGGGCCUCAGACAAGGAAAUCCACUUUCUCCUCUCUUGUUUGUUCUUGUCGUCGAUGUGUUGCAUAGGAUGUUGGGGGAGCAGUAA